AUGAUGGCGUGGCCAACACGCAAAAACAACAACUCAACUAUCCCGGAGUCCGCGUUUCAGUGGUCUGAUGGCGAGUCGGGGCAUUGGAAAGCUAAGAAUCUCAGACAACCUGAGACUCUUUUCAUGUCUCCGUCGCCUGAUCCAUCGAUCACCACGCGGACGACCAUUGCGCGGCCUCCUUCGUACAACUAUCAGCUGCAAAUUCCCUCCGCACAGCUCCCCUCUACGCCGGUUGCCCUUGGGGCAGUGCUGUCUCCCCCUCAUUUAUCGUCUUAUCUACACCCAAGCACCAUCAAGCAUUCAAUCAACAACCACAGCCCAAGAUCUAUUCUGCCCCAAGCAAUCAACACCGCCCUCUCCCCAGCAAGCCUCUACGACACCAGAUGUCCCAGUCCAUGGGAUGAUCUUCCUGUCUCAACUCCCAUAAUAAAAGAGACACUUCAGCCGGAUGAGACUGGCAAGGAUGGUAGCCAGACCAAAAUGCCGUGUCGUUCUCGUCGCCCUACAGCCACACAAAAGGACAGCGAUACUUACGGGACGUUCAAAUGCGAAUGGAAGGACUGCCAAUAUGACCGUUUGUUCUCGCGGAAAGGUGUGCUCAUGCGGCAUAUCCUGACUCAGCAUGUCAAUCCACGGGCUUUCAAGUGUCCCUUGUGUGAUCAUGCUUCGAGUCGACGGGAGAAUUUGAAAGCGCAUAGACAGUCGAUUCACAAGGAAAGUUUGUAA